AUGGCAGGCAGCCCAGGCAGCGGGGUCUCCUUGGAGGGUAUAUCCCUGGGGUCUUCUGAGGAAGCGGAGCUCCAGAGGGAAGCCAUGCAGCAAGUCCUGGACAACUUGGGAUCCCUCCCGAAUGCCACGGGGGCUGCAGAGCUGGACCUGAUCUUCCUUCGAGGCAUUAUGGAAAGUCCCAUAGUAAGAUCCCUGGCCAAGGCCCAUGAGAGGCUGGAGGAGACGAAGCUGGAGGCCGUGAGAGACAACAACCUGGAGCUGGUGCAGGAGAUCCUGCGGGACCUGGCACAGCUGGCUGAGCAGAGCAAUGCUGCCGAGCUGGCCCACAUCCUCCAGGAGCCCCACUUCCAGUCCCUCCUGGAGACGCAUGACUCUGUGGCCUCAAAGACUUAUGAGACACCACCCCCCAGCCCUGGCCUGGACCCUACAUUCAGCAACCAGCCUGUACCUCCCGACGCCGUGCGCAUGGUGGGCAUCCGAAAGACAGCCGGAGAACAUCUGGGUGUAACGUUCCGCGUGGAGGGCGGCGAGCUGGUGAUCGCACGCAUUCUGCAUGGGGGCAUGGUGGCUCAGCAAGGCCUGCUGCAUGUGGGUGACAUCAUCAAGGAGGUGAACGGGCAGCCAGUGGGCAGUGACCCCCGUGCACUGCAGGAGCUCCUGCGCAAUGCCAGUGGCAGUGUCAUCCUCAAGAUCCUGCCCAGCUACCAGGAGCCCCAUCUGCCCCGCCAGGUAUUUGUGAAAUGUCACUUUGACUAUGACCCGGCCCGAGACAGCCAUCCCUGCAAGGAAGCAGGCCUGCGCUUCAGCGCCGGGGACUUGCUUCAGAUCGUAAACCAGGACGAUGCCAACUGGUGGCAGGCAUGCCAUGUUGAAGGGGGCAGUGCUGGGCUCAUCCCCAGCCAGCUGCUGGAGGAGAAGCGGAAAGCAUUUGUCAAGAGGGACCUGGAGCUGACACCAAACUCAGGGACCCUAUGCGGCAGCCUUUCAGGAAAGAAAAAGAAGCGAAUGAUGUAUUUGACCACCAAGAAUGCAGAGUUUGACUGUCAUGAGCUGCUCAUUUAUGAGGAGGUGGCCCGCAUGCCCUCGUUCCGCCGGAAAACACUGGUGCUGACUGGGGCUCAGGGCGUGGGACGGCGCAGCCUGAAGAACAAGCUCAUCAUGUGGGAUCCAGAUCGCUAUGGCACCACGGUGCCCUACACCUCCCGGUGGCCCAAAGACUCAGAGCGGGAAGGUCAGGGUUACAGCUUUGUGUCCCGUGGGGAGAUGGAGGCUGACAUCCGUGCUGGGCGCUACCUGGAACAUGGCGAAUACGAGAGCAACCUGUAUGGCACACGUAUUGACUCCAUCCGGGGUGUGGUCGCUGCCAGGAAGGUGUGCGUGCUGGAUGUCAACCCCCAGGCGGUGAAGGUGCUACGAACGGCCGAAUUUGUCCCUUACGUGGUGUUCGUCGAGGGCCCAGACUUCGAGACCCUGCGGGCCAUGAACAGGGCCGCGCUGGAGAAUGGAGUGUCCACCAAGCAGCUCACGGAGGCGGACCUGAGACGGACAGUGGAGGAGAGCAGCCACAUCCAGAGGGACUAUGGGUACUACUUUGAUCUCUGCCUGGUCAAUAGCAAUCUGGAGAGGACCUUCUGUGAGCUCCAGGCAGCCAUGGAGAAGCUACGGACAGAGCCCCAGUGGGUGCCUGUCAGCUGGCUCCCAGCAGCCCCUAAGUCUGGCUUCAGCACAGAGGCAUGCACUGCCAGGGAGGUGGGCAUUCAUGGGGUACCCUGUGCCCAGGUGCUGCCCACUCCCAAUGCCCAUUGGCCACCAGCACAAGAAAGCACUGACACUAAGUUCCUCUUAUUGGAUCCCACGGUAGGAACUGGGGUGCAGGACCUGCUCGUCUUCCUGGGCGAGGGAUCUCGAGUCCUGCAUGCCUGUUUCUCCCUGCACUGCUAA